AUGACUGCCCGAUACGCUGAGAAACUGGGAGUGGCAGCAAUCCUUACUCUCCCAGAGUUGUACUAUAGACCUAAUAAAGUUGAAGAGCUGGUGGAUUACGUGAAACAAGUCGCGGAGGCGGCUCCAAAUACGCCCAUUUUGUACUACCAUCAUCCUAAGAAAUCUUUCGUUCAGUUACCUAUGCCAGAAUUCGUAACAGCUGCCACGAAACGCAUUCCUAACUUCAAAGGAAUCAAAUUUACAUCAUCGAAUCUGAGCGAGGCGUAUUCCACGCUAAGGAAUUUAAAAGCGGAUCAAGAUUUGAUCUUGGCUUCUCCUACUGUAUUAGCAGGUGCAGCAAUCCUCGGCUUCAAAUCGGCGACAGCUGGAUCAUUCAACUUGUUCCCAACGCAGUGUCGAGACAUCAUGUCGGCGGUGGCAAUGAAACAUAUUUUAAUAGCUCGAAGUAUACAGGAGAAAGUCACUAGAGCUGUGGAUGCUAUUGGUCAAGAAGGGCGCAUACCAAAAUUAAAAGCAGUUAUGAAGAUUGUAUCGGGCCUGGACAUGGGCCCUCCGCGAUUACCGAUGAAGCCUGCAAGCAAAGAGGAUGUACAUGAGCUUGAGAAAUUGUUUCAAGAACUGGGUUUUCUGAAUUAGGAUUGAGUCUUUAGAUGACGUGAUGAUUAUGGUUGUAUAAAUUAGAUUUUAGUGCCGGUUUGCUUGAAUGAAUUGAAAUGAAUGUAUCGCACUGUUAAUUCAAUAGUGUAUUAACUCGAAAAGUGUAUAUUCUCAGAAUCGACGAAAAAAGAAUUACUCGCUUCCCGUUAAAGAUCUGUGUAAAUUUAUGUAUAAGUUAUUUUCUA